GAUGAGAUGAGAUGAUCUGAAAUCAAAGCAAGGGUUUGGAUUGCAGAAAGUGGAAAUGAAAGCGUCCGCAUUAUCGUCACUGCUUAGCUUGAAAUGUUUGUAUGUUCAUCAGCACCACACACACACUCGCACCUCUAAGACCUUCUUCUCCAACUCUCUCUUAUUCUCUACCAUCAAAUUCCGCAACCGCAACUCACAAAUCCGAUCAAUAAUGGCUGCAUCCUUCAACUCAGAACAAGCGCGGGCCCCACCAGCUAUUCCCAUGCCCACUCCCCCUGUUACCAAGUUCAAGAUUGGCCUCUGUCAACUCUCUGUCACCCCCGACAAAGACAGGAACAUCGCCCACGCCCGCGCCGCCAUUCAGGAUGCUGCAGCAAAGGGCGCUCGCCUUGUUCUUUUGCCUGAAAUUUGGAAUAGUCCUUAUUCAAAUGAUAGUUUUCCUGUCUAUGCUGAGGAUAUUGAUGCUGGUGGCGAUGCUUCUCCUUCCAUUGCCAUGCUCUCUGAGCUAUCUCGUCUCUUGAACAUCACCAUUGUUGGUGGUUCUAUACCAGAACGUUCUGGCGGUCGCUUAUACAACACUUGUUGUGUCUUUGGCACCGACGGAAAGCUAAAAGCCAAGCACCGCAAGAUCCAUCUUUUUGAUAUUGACAUUCCCGGGAAGAUUACCUUCAUUGAAUCAAAAACUCUUACUGCUGGAGAGACUCCAACAAUUGUGGACACAGAGGUUGGACGCAUUGGCAUAGGCAUCUGUUACGACAUUCGGUUUCCGGAACUAGCAAUGAUAUAUGCAGCAAGAGGUGCUCACUUGCUUUGCUAUCCUGGGGCAUUUAACAUGACAACUGGACCAUUGCAUUGGGAGUUAUUGCAACGGGCAAGGGCUACAGAUAAUCAGUUAUAUGUUGCUACCUGUUCACCUGCACGGGAUACUGGAUCUAGUUAUGUGGCUUGGGGCCACUCAACUCUUGUUGGACCAUUUGGAGAAGUUCUGGCUACCACAGAACAUGAGGAGGCAAUCAUCAUAGCAGAAAUUGAUUACUCAAUAUUGGAGGAGAGAAGGACAAAUCUUCCUGUCACUAAGCAACGUCGAGGUGAUCUUUACCAAUUGGUGGAUUCUCAGAGGCUGAAUUCCCACUGAUGGGAUCAGGACCUUUAUAAUUGUGACAUCUGCCUUACUUUGUAUGUCACAAGAGCUUGCAAUCUGUCUUGUGGUCAUAGGAUGCUGUGUAUUAUUGCUGAUAUGGUCAAAUGGAACCCAAACCCUGAAGGGAAGAAAUAAAUAAAUGAAUUUGUGAUUACUCGAAUAGUUUGUUCUGUUGUUAUGUGUUGUAAUAUUUCUCAAUUAGAGUUGGAAUUUGCUUGGCCUUUGAGGGAACGAGGGUGAGCGUGUAAAGAGGUAGUGGAAUGUAUGAUCAGUGGCUCCAGAUUCAUUGCAAUGUAACCUGGAUAAGGCUAUGGGGAAUCAAUUAUGUGCAGCUG